CGACUAUUUUUUUUUUUCCUUCUCCCGCAUUCCAUCUUCUUCACUCCCCAACAAUGCUGAUAUCUUUCUCACCACGGACAAGACCAUGUUGUUAUGAAAAUUAUGAUAAUGUCUCGCAGCACUUUAUUGAUGCUCUACUAAUGUAUUCAACACGGGAUGGAUGGGACCCGUGUACUGGCUUGUAGCCAAUGAUUGAUGGUUUCACAUUGAAAUCUUCAGAUGCUUUCAACUAACUACAGGGUUUCGUUUUUCUUCUCCCAAUACAAUCUCUAAAAGAGUCUCUAAUGCAUAUAUUACGUUUCGCGUUGGCUAAACGUCAGCCUUGAUAUUUAUCACACACCUUCUUGAAGGCUUGAAGAGGGUAAUCACUGAGAUAUAAGCAGGAUCAACAUGCAAUUGUUGGCAUUUCUAAAUCAUAAAAUAGUUUAGUUAUUGCAGCAAUAUGAUUUUUGUUCAUAGUUUCCAUCGAAGAGUUCAUUUUUCAAAUACUCCCUCUGGGCUUUUUGGGGUUUCAAGUCGUGAAAUUUUUUUAUCACAUCAAAUAAAAUGUGUUCUAGAGAAAUUCACGUAAUUAGCUUGAGGUAAUAACUGCCUAUUCGCGGAAAUACCCCAAACAUCUAUAUGUAUAUAUUCUCGAGGCUGUGGAAAAGGCGGCCUGGAAAAAGAUAGAAAACUCUUUGGAAUAUGCAAAAUAAAUCUCUGAUAUUGAACGUGGGUGUGUCGAGAUGGAUAGGUACGAUUAGAUCCCAUUAUGAAGAUUCACAUCGAACAUCAAGUAUUCAAGAAGCUAUAUACACUAAGGCUAACAAAACAACCAAAGAAAAAAGAGGGAGGAACGAAACCAAUCGGUCUCAAAGAGGUAUGAAAAUCCAUCAAAUAUGCAAUCUGAGAAAUCUGUACCCUCUCAAGCUCUUAAGCUCUCAAGUAUAUUCCCAUUCCGUCUAUAUGUUCCUUAAAACCGAAUCAAUACCGCCCGGCCGGCGGCGAGGCGGAGAGCUCUGCUAUAGGAGCGGCAGAAUUAUCGGGCAGCUCCGCCACGUGGGCCCAGUUAGAGUGACUGCCCGCAUCCUUCUCUACAACGGAAAAAGGGGGUGGCGGCGGGUAGCCGUCUGGCGAUGUUGGUUUGGAAUCGAGCUCGCUGGGACUGGGGUGGUAUUCGUGUUUUUUCGUCGGCGCGAAUUGCGCCGGUUUUUCUGGCGGUGGUGGGGGGAGAGGAUUAUCAUAACUGUUGACUGGAGGUGCGGUAUCUGUCUUAGUUCGACGUCGACGGUAGGCUAGGAAUCCAAAGGCGGCUAGGACGCCGACGCCUGCGCAUACCCCAAUCGCUGUCCCGGCAAUUGCUCCUCCGGACAUUGAUGAGCCCCCCUCUGACGGCCCCGGCGAUGCUGCUUCUGGGUCCUCUUGAUCUGUUGGUGAUGGACCGGGUGUCACAUCAGUCCCCUGCGCUGUGAUACUACCCUGAGUAGAGAGCGUUGUGGGUUCGGCAGUUGUAGCAGUUUCUCCAGUCUUUCUUGAGGUAGAGGUCUCAUUGGCAGUUGGUACAGGCUUUUUUGAGGACUUGCUAUCCGUUGCUGUGGGGUCAUUUUUCUUCGAUGUUGUCGUCGUCGCCGACGGCAGCCGCUUCGACGCCCUGUUGUUACCAUUGCCGUCGAUCGUGUCGAUGAGAUACGACCUCACCCACGGCUGGCCUAAGUUCCUGGGACCCCAGACCAGACACGACCAGCCGUUUUCGUCCUGGCACUUAUCGUCGGCGAACAUAUGAACGCAAAAUUCCGUGCCUUGGGGAUCAAAUUUGUACUGCUUCCCUUUUGACAUAUUGAUCUCCGAACAACCUUUUGUAGUUCUGCCCGUAUGGAAAUGUUCUGCAUUGUUUGCAUCGUGCCAAAGCAAGGUCCACGCAUGAGACACGCCGACCAGGAGGAAGAUAUUGAAAGUGAAAAGUAGUAGAGAUUUCAUUGGGAAAGAGAGGCAGCUGCAAGGAGGCAGCGCUGUGCAAUGCAGCUUGGGGGUGUUGAUCAAAAGGACAUAGGACGGCGGCAAUAGACCUCUUCCAGCAAGCCGACCUCAAUAAAAUCGCCUGAAGGCUUCUGGAGAUCGAAGAAGAAUGGCCUUUCUCCGUUAAUUUGGACGAUUUGAAGCGGUAAUCCUAAGGUAUCAUUGUUGGGAGGGCAUUCGAAUCACGAAUGACAACUCGAUGGUAAAUAUUUUCAUGGGGAAGUUGGCGAUUGAGCCAUGUCAAAUGGAGAGGGAAUUCCACUUAUCAAGCGUCCCCAAAGACCAACUGUAGUUAAACGGGGAGCCCGUGUUUUUCGUAUUCCAGCCGCACUAGUUUGCGACGGAGCCUUGUCCUUGGCGGGUGAUAGCGAAAUAUACGACCCAAGGCGAUUUCCCCCCCGUAUUCAAGCAACGGUUGGAAGGGUUCCACAUGCAGAAAAUCAUGAACAAAAAUAAUCAACGCCAUCAGCCCAACUGCGCUUAUGAGGGGGGAGAUGAGGCUGAUUUAUAAGUUAUAGGGUUAGUGAGGAGCUCAUUAAGCUAGCAGGAGGCAAGCUUCAGAUACCAUCGUCGGUGUCAUUUUUUCCAUCCUCUGGGGGACACAGCAAGGUGUCCUCACUCUGGUUCAUCUAAGAACAGGCAAUCCAAAGAAGCCUGAACCCAUGCCACGACAUGAACAUGGAUGCGAUGAAGUCAAGUCGGAUCUAUUCCAGGUUGACCGUAUGUUGGAUGUUGGAUUAAACCUUGCUCCAAUGCCCGCUCGCUGCCGGACUAACAAUUCUCCGCCCCCUGGAUUCUAUGCAAGCUUAGUCAGCCGCCGUAUCAAAAAAUAUCCAGUUUAUCACCAACCUGCGUCAGACGAAAAUCCUCGAUAUAUUUAGGAGAGAUUGAAAGCACCCAAACCACCCGGCAUUGUCAUCAAUCAUUCGUCUCGUGCUGUUUCCAACACGAGCUCGCAUGUUUUUAGACGUUCCUUUUUUCCUUCACUACCGCUAGACCCGGUGGCGGCGGCUCAAAAUUCAGCCCUGCAUGCAUUCCUCUAUUCAAUGCCGGCUGCUGUCAGUCCGUCAGGCAUAUCUGAAAGCGCCAUGCCGGAUUAUUGGUCGUCGAAGACUCCCCUAUAUUACUCGUACUUUUCAUGCCUCCUCGCCCUCUCGCUUUAACCCUAACGACCCUCCACCUUCCGUCGACCCUACCCUCAGUAACAAUACUUCCAACACGAACCAAGAUUCUGAAGGCCACACCUCACCAAAAGAGAAUGCGGAGACGGUAAAGCCUGAAGUGCCACCAACGCCAUCUAGGAAACCACAAGGUCCCUAUGGCUCCGCUGUUCGCCGCGCCACAAGGAAUAGGAGACCUCGAGAACAAACACGUAACGUCGCUAUCGUUCCGGAUUGGUUCCGUGAACGGAACGUGGUAGCUCAAGAUACCACCGUUCAGAUUGCGGUACCAACAAACCACGACGUGGAGCUAGAGCCAUUGUCUCGUGAUCUAGAAGAAGUGGUGAACAAACUUGCUCAAGGCGGCGAGGGCGGUGAGAAUGGUGGUUCCGGAGGUCCAUCCGCCGCCGGCGCUCGUUAUCGCCUAGCUCUAGCCGUUUGGGACGAGCUAUGUGCAUCUGCUAGGGCGGGACUUAAUUUACCAGCGUCUCGAUACAUUGAUGAACCAUCGGCGACCAAAUCGCAUUUGGUCCUGCAGUAUCCUGGAGAUGGAGGGAUUUUCUUUCUCGACGCUGUUGUCAAGAAGUUGGCGGCAAAUCUUAAGACCAAUCUAAUAACGCUAAACGCGCAAGAUAUUGCUGAACUCUACGCAGAACAGGAUCAAGCGGAGGCCGGGGUCCCUAGCUCUAUUGCAUCGAUGGGAUAUGAAGUUUACCAGUCAAGGAGAGCUUCAAACCCUAAAGAACUUGAGGAAGAAAUGGAAGAGGGAGAUGAGGAUGAUAGCCAUUCAGCCGAAGAGGAGGAUCCAGACAUAAUACCCAGCCGAAGACAAGAUCGUGAGACUUCAUUCACCCGAACGAUUCCUUUGACAAGUAUCCGUGGCUCGGACUUCCUGCAAAACCUCCUGGGGGCUCGGGGUUCCGUAGGUAUGGCCAAGGUGAUUAUUCCACGCCCUCAGCGCGAAGACUUAGAGUCCAGAGAAGAGCUCAGAUGUCUACGCAUUGCCAAUGAACUCCUUUCCAUCCCCUGCAAGCAUCAACCAAAACCACCACCCGCGCCGGAAGGCCAGAAAGCGUCCGAGUCAGCUCCCGAGUCAGUUCCCGAACCAAUCCCUGAACAAGCCAAGACUACUACAUUCAGACCAGAUCUUAUCGUUCAAGUUCAAGACUACAAAGAUAUACAAAACACCCGCAGCGGAUCCAUAUUUCUUCCCCUUCUUCAUAAAGCAGUUCAAUCUAAGAGACGGGAAGGACAGAGGGUUAUAAUCAUCGGCACUGUCUCCGGAAAGCAGCCGGAAUAUCCUCUUGGGAAAUCGUAUCCCAAACUUGUACAGAGAGACUUCAACGACGAGUUUGCCAGAACAAUUGUUGUUACCCCUGCAAUGAGCCCACAGGUGGUCGAGACGGUAUUUUCAGAAGACAUGAAGCGAAGAACCCUUGAGAUCAACGUGCGCCACCUGCAGAAUAUGCUGAGGGUUAGAUUAAACGAUCCGCAACUAGUAGACACAAGCCUCCUCCGCGGCCCAACCUGGCCUCUGGACACUGCCGCCAUCGCAAGCUCCGGUCUUGAUGACGGAUAUUGGUCCUUUGACCGUGUUCACCGGGUUGUGUCGCUUGUGUUGGGUGGUGUAGAAGGCACCGGAAAACUUGAUCUUCAGCACAUACAACGCAGCAUCGAUCUUGUGGACAAAAGCGAUCGAGCAAAGGGAGACUGGCUCGCUGAGAAGUAUCCCAAGGUAAAAGCUACGUCGACAGAACCGGACCGGGAAAGUCUCUUGAAGCAGUUACGGAAGACAUGUAACACUCAUGAGAAAAAGCUACUUAACGGCGUCGUCGACGCUGAAAGCAUCCGCACAACUUUCGAUGAUGUCCACGCACCCCCGGAUACAAUCGAGGCUCUCAAAACGCUCACUUCUCUCUCGCUGAUCAGACCCGAUGCGUUUACUUAUGGUGUCCUUUCUACCGAUAAAAUCCCUGGCUUGCUACUCUAUGGCCCCCCAGGAACGGGGAAAACGAUGUUGGCCAAGGCCGUCGCGCGACAAAGUGGUGCCACUGUGCUCGAAGUCAGCGGCUCCGAAGUUUAUGAUAUGUAUGUGGGAGAAGGGGAGAAGAAUGUGAAAGCCAUCUUCACAUUAGCCAAGAAACUCAGUCCCUGCGUCGUUUUCAUCGACGAGGCAGAUGCCAUCUUUGGUUCUCGAGUUGCAGCCAGCACACGAACAACACAUCGAGAACUAAUAAAUCAAUUCCUACGAGAGUGGGAUGGCAUGAACGAGCUCUCCGCCUUCAUCAUGGUAGCCACGAAUCGCCCCUUUGAUCUUGACGACGCUGUCCUCCGACGACUCCCCCGGCGUCUCCUGGUAGACUUGCCCACCGAGCAAGAUCGUUUAUCAAUCCUAAAGAUCCAUCUCAAGGAAGAGCAAGUGGACCCUUCAGUGGAUCUUGCCGAGCUAGCCAGCCGAACGCCUCUCUACUCCGGCUCGGACCUGAAAAAUAUGUGCGUUGCAGCAGCUCUAGCAUGCGUCAGAGAGGAAAAUGCGCUCGCAGUCAAGCACACAGGCGAGGAGCCGUACAAAUAUCCCGAACGACGAACCCUCACCAAAGCCCAUUUCGAGCGUGCCAUGGAGGAGAUCAGCGCGUCGAUUAGUGAGGAUAUGUCGUCUCUUUCCGCCAUAAAGAAGUUUGACGAGAAAUACGGAGACCGCAAGGGGCGGCGCAAAAAGAGUGCUGGAUGGGGAUUUGCAGCUCCUGGCGAGGCGCAGAAGAGCACGGAGACUGGACGAGUGAGAGAGUGAUUAUUAGGGGCGCCAAGGCAGGCAGGGAAACUCUGGGACAUAUACUUCCAUGGGUAUUACCACGGAUUUACUUGGAAUUUUGAUUUGAUUUCGUUUUAUGUUGUCAGUGGGCUGUGGUUGCGUUUCAUUUUCAUUUGCUGGUGCACACAUAUAGAGUCCUCUUUGUAAAAUUAAUGAUAGACAUGUACUUCUAGUUUGACUUCUAUUUUAUUUUUCUUAAGCCCAAAGAAAAUAGACGAAUAGCGUUAUUUCCUUCAUACAUCCUACUUUAUUUUUCGCCAACCGUAAGGUUUGAUGCAGGAGGCGCUGGGGUGUGUCAUGUGAGCAGGAUGGCCUUUUACGGGGUUUUCGCGGGGAAAAACCAUAUAGAUGAAUCUAC